AUGGCAGACUCGACCCCGCAACGACCCGAACAACGACGGGACCUUUCGUUCUACUUCGUCCUUUUGUUUCUCGUCGGACCGUUAUGGUGCGCGGUGCCACUUUCCUGGGCAUUUGUACUCUACUCUCUACAUACCGGAAGAAUAUGGCUCUAUGCCUGGCAGGGCAGGACCGUCUUCGCCGUUGCAUUGUGCGAGGUGUUCUUCAGUGUAUAUCACCAUAAUUUGUCGAGAUAUGUAGCCUCGACACCACCGCAACCUCCAGGGAAUCCCGAAGAAGUUAGAGCGGCGUAUACUCGCGCGGUGAAGGCGGGCUUGUUCGUCUUCCCGGAGGAUGCGUUCGACGGUGAAAACCUUGACGCCAGCCGACCUGGAAGCCCAGCAGAAGACAUCGUCCAGCUUGAACACGAUGAUUCUCGAGCGGAAGAGUAUCGUAACGUUCUUCGUACUUGGUUCCGUCAUGCACCCUGGUCAGCCAUCCGGUUGUACGAGAUCAAGAAGUGGCUAUAUUGGUGUAUCUUUAAUUCGCAUCUGCCCCCGGAUCAUGAAAUACCAGACACUCAUCGCAGCGUCUUGGAUGAGGCCCUCGAUCUCUUGCGGAAACGCACUGGCACAACAGUCUUCGAGGAAUCACCUUCGAAACACCAGCCUUUACUCUUGACACUCGAUUCUGUCAAGAUUCAUUGGCGUCCAUUCGCUUUCUACGCGCUCGUUGGAACUUUCAGCAGAUUACUUAAACUAUAUCUCGUACGCAACCGCCGCGUCCGGUUCGGUAGCUAUGAUGGCCUAGAAUACUUGAUCCGUAUACCCUCUCAAUGGGAUUCACACCACGGUCCCCGCCCGAUUGUCUUCGUUCAUGGGCUUGGACUAGGGCUGCUUCAAUACCAGAGCUUCGUUUUACGCCUCCUAGAUGAAUUCCCCGACCGCCCAGUAUUCAUACUACUUCAAUCGCAUAUUAGCCAAGACUUCUUUCAUAGGGAUUACUUACGACCCAUGAACCGACAUGAUACCACCCAGCGCUUGGCAGCCUUGUUCCUCCGCCUUGGCUGGGUUCGACCCAUCCGUGAUACCUCCUCGGAUGAAGAGGAAGAUAUAGACACUCAAAAUGUUGCCUCGUCCCUACUAUCUAAUCAGAAAGGUGUUACAUUCGUCAGUCACUCAAACGGGUCCUACUGCCAUGCCUGGAUGCUCAAGAACUACCCACACAUGGUGACACGCUCAUGUUUUGUCGAUCCUGUGACAUUCUGUUCUUGGGAAGGCGAUGUGUGCUACAACUUUGUUUAUCGGCCGUGUACCACGGGCAUGCAUUUGCUCAUGCGUUACUUCGUCAGCUCUGAGCUGGGCACAGCCAACCUCCUGCAGAGGCACUUUGACUGGUCCUCGAAUUCGUUAUGGUACGAGGAGAUCCCUCAUGCAAGAGACCCAUCGAAAUCCUUCUUCCUUGUCGGCGGCAAAGACGAAAUCGUGCACGCUGAACGCGUCGCCCGAUAUCUGCGCGGACAUGGCAUACGUAAAGGAUUCUGGAUGGAUCCAGAGGGCCGACACGGUAGCGCCCUCGCCUCUGGCGGAGAAGGGCAUCAAGCAAUUCUCGAGUGGCUUCGCGAAGAAUAA